CCGGCGCGGCCGCCUGAGACGCGAAGGCAAGGCCGGGGCUCCGGCGACCUGUUGUUGGACGCCCGUGCUGCGGCUGCCCGAGUUCAGCUUCGACGGGCCCGAUCGCGCCCGUGGGAGAGGCGGCGAAGGCGGCGGCACCUCUCUGUGCCUCCGCUUCCCCGAGCCGCCAGCCAUGGAGAUGAGCCCGGCGCGGGCGUCGUCGAGCAGCGGAGGCGUCGCCGUCGUCGACCCGGCGGACCUGACCAGGCAGGACGCGCAGACGGUGUGCGAGGCUCUGGGCUGCUACGAGGAGACGCUCCGCGGCGCCGUCAAGGAGAUCCGCGUGGACAUCCAGGCCUUCAAGAGCGGCGUGGACCGGCAAGUGGCGGAGGUGCUGCGCCUGGCCAGCCCGCUGGCGCACACGGUGGCCGAGCUCCAGCAGGAGAACCAGCAGCUGCGGGCGCAGGUGGAGCGCUUGGCCCAGCAGGUGGAAGCCCUUGGCCGGGCGGCCGGGCUUCCCGGCGCCUGGAGCCCCGAGCCCGCCUCCCCGACGGCCCGGCGGAGCAGCAGCGGUGGCGGCAGCACCCGCUUCGCCAGCCACGCCAAGCUCGCCCUGUGCGGCAAGAGCCAGAGCCUGGACUUUGAUGAUCGGAAUGACUUUGAGAGAAGGAGAAUUCCUGAUUCGGCUGCAGUUGAGAACGGGCACCAUCAGCCCUUGGGGGAUUCUCCCCUCGAGGCCCAUGCGCCAGCAGUGACUCUGCGGAUGCCACACCUCCCAGUGACAGCAGUGACCAGGGUCUCGGAAACCUAUUCAGGAGAAACUGUCGGGCCGCCAGCCAUGCCGAAUAUUCCCAGCGGGCAGCAGAGUGAGGCUGUGUCGAAAAUGUCAAACCAAGCAGUGAAGAACUGGACCGGCAGCACCGUGAGAACAGCAAGCACCUCCGUGAGCUCAGAGAAAUUCUCUUCUGUGACAAAGUCUAUGUCAGCCACAAGCUAUGGAGCACAGGCGAGUGAAAGCACCGUGGACAGCCAGCGGGACACGGCUCCUAAAUCAGGCUCCCCACCUGCUAUGCUCCAUCGGCAGGUGGAAAAGCGGAGGGAGCUUGUGCGAUCUCAGACGCUGCCACGCACCUCCGGGACGCAGGCCAGGAAGGCGCUAUUUGAGAAGUUUGAGCAGGAAAGCGGGAAGGCAAAAGGUGAGGGACGGGCCAAGCUGAAGAGAUCCCAGAGUUUUGGGGUGGCCAGUGCCAGCAGCAUCAAGCAAAUCCUCCUCGAGUGGUGCCGUUCUAAAACCAUUGGCUACAAGCACAUCGACCUGCAGAACUUCUCCUCCAGCUGGAAUGAUGGGAUGGCAUUUUGUGCCCUGGUUCACUCCUUCUUCCCUGAAGCCUUUGAUUACCAGACGCUGGACCCUGCCAAGCGCAAGGAGAACUUUGAACUGGCCUUCACAAUGGCCGAGAAAAUGGCCAGCUGUGAACGCUUGAUCGAAGUGGACGACAUGAUGCUGAUGGGCCGCAAGCCGGACCCCAUGUGCGUCUUCACCUAUGUGCAGUCGCUCUACAACCAUCUCCGGCACUUCGAAUGAUGCCACGACAAGGCGCUGCCGCCGCCACCGCUGCCGUCGCCACCUGUCCCCUAGAGGACUGGGACCCUGCACAGAUGGGAGUACCCUGCAGCAGCAACCACUUGUCCUUGUGCAGUUGCGGGGGGAGGCUGGGAUGAAGGGGGUGCAGGGCUAGCAGGCUCUUUUCCCCAAGGAUGGGGGGCAGCUGCCUCCCUCCCCCUUCUCGCUCUCUCUAGGCAGCUGGGCAUGGAGAAGGUGCUCUUGCCGUGCAGUUUCCCUUUCCUAAGCAGGCACAGACUCAGCUGGGCAUAGCGCCAAGCCAGCCAGGCUCAUCUGGCUGCUGGAAGGUGCUGAUGGCUGUGAGGGGGAAUUUUGGCAUGCUCCAUCUCCUCCCCAGCCAGCUAAAGCAGGGAACGCUGUCACCUGCCUGGAAGCCAGAUCCAUCAGGUAUGGCCAACAUCUCCUCCCCCCCCGUUUUCUUGUGAUAUGAUUGGUGACUAAGGCCAGGCAACAAUUCCCCGAUAGUGUGCCACUGGCAAGUUCCCAAAUGAUCCCCCCUUUGUGGAGGCAACCCAGUUCAGUUUCUUUUUUAAGGCUGGCCGGAGCCUCGUUUGUCUAGCCAAAGCAGCUCUUCCACAUGUGGUAAGCCUGACUGCAGAACAGUCCCCCCCCCCGUCUGGAACUGGAGCUGCAAGUCAGAUGGGAAAGUGUAGGGGGAGGGGCACUGCUACGAGUGCGGGGGUGCUCAGUUUUCCUGCUUUGGACACAACUGAAGCUGGGUUAGAGGGCAUGGGCCUCCCUGCAUCACAAUUGGGCAGAGCAGGAACUUGUUCCAGAGAAACAACACGAUGCACAGGGAUCCCUGUAUUCAGAUGCCUUCCUAGGCAAAACUUCCUCAGCUUUAAAACAAAAAUCCCCCAAAUUCUGAACAAGUUUCCUGUGCAAGGCCUACUUUAUUUCUGUUGGGUCUGGGAAGAACAAAGGUGCUCGGGAAUGCACGAGAGGCCCUGCUGCACACACAUACCUGCGGCCAUUCUGCCCAACCCACCCUCUGGCACAAAAUGGCUUUUCGCUGCUUCUGGAGGGUUCCCAUCCCCAAACCCACCUGCUCCCUCAUCCAGUUUGGAAGGACACACAUACACACCCUAGUUCCAGCCCUGCUUUUUUUCGGGGGGGGGAGACUUCUCACUGCAAGAGCUAUGCCUGCCAUCAGCCCAAGGGCUACUCCAACUGUUGUGCAAGAGCUUUGUUGGAGGAGGGCUGCUGGGAAAGGUUACCUAAUGCUAUGCCAGCCUUAUGUGCAUGUAGCAGGGGAAGAGAGAAGAGACGUGCCUAAUGUCCCUCUUCAAACACCUGCACUGCCACUUGCACCCCAAACCUUCUCUUCCCUCAAAAAGGUGCUCCCUGCACAGCUGCCAGCUUGCUCGGGCCAGCAGGAGCCACACGUGCCCUUCUCGGCUUCCUUGCUGAUAUUUAUAUCUCUGUCUAUAUAUAUAUGAAACAUGACUGGUUCUGUACAGAUGGCCAUUUCUAAACCGUAUAUAUUAAAAGGCAGCUCUGUUUGA